AUGGAAACAUCAAAAGGAGUCCCUUCCCCCAUGCUUAAUCAAUGCAAACCUAGCAAAUUUGGUAGUGAUGUUAUGGAAGAUUCACUGUUCUACAGAUCUGUGGUAGGGGCUCUCCAAUACAUCACACUUACAAGACCAGACAUAGCUUAUUUUGUCAAUAAGGCAUGUCAGGUUAUGACAAAUCCUUUGGACAGCCAUUGGAGCAUGGUUAAAAGAAUUCUCAGGUAUUUGAGUGGCACAUCCACUAUUGGUUUACUACUCUCUCCUGCUCAUCCAAAUCAGGCACUUUCUCUGAGAGCUUAUAGUGAUUCUAACUGGGCUAAUGAUCCAGAUGAUAGGAGAUCAACCUUUAGUACAUGCAUUUUCAUAGGUCCAAAUCUGGCUGGAAUCACUGCUAGAAGAACUUAA